UUAUAGUUACACAGCUGUUCGAAAAAAGUAAACAAUCAAUCGUCAUCAACAAAUUUUCUAAAAUCAUUUAAUUUUCUUGUUGAAAAUUUUUCCAAUUUAUAAAAUUCGAUAUGCCCACUUUUUAUUUUGUUAUUGUGGGCCACAAUGAUAAUCCUAUAUUUGAAAUGGAAUUCACAACGGUCAGUAAAGAAAUGAGGAAAGAAGAUCAUCGUCAUUUGUCCCAAUUUAUAGCACAUGCCGCUUUGGAUUUAGUCGAUGAACAUAAAUGGAAAACUCCCAAUAUGCAUUUAAAAUCAAUAGAUCGUUUCAAUCAAUGGUUUGUAUCGGCCUUUGUCACAGCCAGUCAGAUACGAUUUCUUAUUGUCCAUGACAAUAAAAACGAUGAAGGCAUCAAAAAUUUCUUUAAUGAAGUCUAUGAGACCUAUGUAAAAUAUUCCAUGAAUUCGUUUUAUAAAGUAAAUACUCCCAUUAAAUCACCCAUGUUUGAGAAGAAGGCGCAAUUGUAUGGGCGAAAAUAUUUGCUAUCUUAAAUUGGUUCACGUUAAACAUAAAUGUUAGUUGUACGUAAUCUAUAUAAGUUUUUAAUUUUAAAUAUAGUUAAAUUUGUAAAAUAAAAUUUCGAUAUAAUUCCUGUCUAUCAAAAAA